CCGACCCCCGGUUCGGUUCGAACCGGUUCUGUGAGGAAACUACACGGUGGUCAGUUCACCUCCCCGCCAGCAGAGGCGCUCGUGUGCAUUCACCUGUUUGUUCCUACCAGCAAGAGCAAGCUGCUAAGCUUAACCGCGCAUGCGCAGUUCCAAGGUGAAGGUGUUUUGCUUUUGGUGGUUCGGUCUGUCGGUUCUGCGCCGUUCCGUCUUCAUAAAUCCACAGCCGGUCCGGAGUGGACGUCGUGGGUUCGAACUUCUUCAACUCAGCAGAACCGCCGGCGCUGCAGACCAGCGGACCGCGGCGGGAUGGCCAGCGUCCUGUGCAGCAGAACCAGGCUGGUUACUUACCUUCCAGGGAUCCAUGCUUUAGUGCGGCGUGUGGCUGGAACCAGAACCAGAACCUUUGCUGCAGCCGGACCCACUCGCUCCGCUGAGCCCAACAGCAGCCGGGCCCCAACUCUCACAGGAGUGUGGGAGGGGAGUCCUGAAAAGCCCCGGGGGCUGCAGGACCCUCUGGACCCCCUGGAGCUCCUGGACCCUCUGGAGCAGCGCCUCCAGCUCCUCACACGUUCAGAGAUCCUCUGGAGGGAGGAGCAGAGGAGCAGCUCACAUAAAAACCAGAAUCCCAACGUGAUGCUUCCUCGCUGCAGCGAUGAAGACUACAGAGGAGUUUGUGAUGAAGGCCAUCCAGCUCCUCCUCAUCCUCAGGUUCCUUCUGCAGAUCACUUCCCUGGCGGCCAAGGCGUGGAGUGUGCCGUCCAGUCCUGCCCCAGCCUCCUGAAGAAAGAUUUCAGAUCCAUGUUUCCUGAAGAGAGGCUGUCGGAGCUGACGGUGGUGUCGGUGACCCAGAGGACCCAGAACGACAUGACGGCGUGGUCGGCCCAGGUGGAGCAGGAGAGGCUGGAGAUGCUGGAUAAGUUCAUCCUCGGAGCCUCAGAGAUUUGCUCCGCCCUGCAGAAGAAGGGCUACUGGGCCGACUUCAUCGACCCGUCGUCCGGCCUGCCGUUCUUCGGCGCUCACACCAACAACGUGCUGUUUGAGACCGACGAGCGGUACCAGCAGCUGGGCUUUCACAUCGAGGACCUGGGCUGCUGCAAGGCCAUCCGCCACCCGGCGUGGGGGACGCACGUUUUCGUGGGGAUCAUUUUCACCGAUGCGCCGUGCAGCGCGCUCACUGAGCAGCUGGACUGCGACUGAGGGGCUUCCGUAGUCUGCACGGACGUUCUGUGUCUCUGACCGAGUCAUAGAGACCCGCCCACCUUAAAAGACACGCCCACUGCUAGUGAGGUCCCGCCCACAAUCAUAGAGACCCGUCUGCAGCUGCAGACUGAGGAUGAAAGACGGAUCUUCUGUUUCAUUCAGACACGUUUCUAUGGAAACUUUUGAUGUGGUGAAACUGAUCAGUUAAAGUUAGAUUUCUAUUGAUCAGAAAUAAUGAUUUUAUGUCAGAACGGAGAAUAAAUGAGGUUUUUGAGCCGAUCAGGA